GGACGUCUUCUCAGUGCUGUACGGUGGCCGCCGCGGGCCAGAAGCUUGGGAUGAAUGGAGGUGCAGGGUGCAGGUUGAACUAAGUCUCUGCUUUCCCUUCUCUCCCGGCUGCUUCUGCUUUGUUUUACUUUUUUUUUUUUUGUUUUUUUUUUGUUUUUUUGUUUUGUUUUGUUUUUUGCAGUGUCCCCAUUCUGAUCCCCGCUCUGUCGACGGCCCGCUUGGUCCCAGCGUCCGAGUUCUUGGUGCCCGAGUCGAUCCGGAUAAUCGCCUAGGCCCAACUUCGGACCGCGCUCUCGAUUUCUGCCUCGUCCGACUUUCGGACGCGGAAUUUGAGUGGGUCCCUUGAGGCUGGAGGGUUGAUCUUAAGGAUCAAGAGAGAUGACGCCUGAGUGUUCAAGCCUUCAGUUUGUCAGCCCCUUUGCUUUUGAAGCCAUGCAGAAGGUGGAUGUUGUUCGCCUGGCAUCUUUAAGUGAUCCAGAAUUAAGACUUCUCUUGCCCUGCCUGGUGAGGAUGGCGCUUUGUGCUCCUGCUGACCAGAGCCAAAGCUGGGCUCAGGAUAAAAAACUUAUCCUUCGCCUUCUGUCUGGAGUGGAAGCUGUCAAUUCCAUUGUUGCACUGCUGUCUGUGGACUUCCAUGCUCUAGAACAAGAUGCCAGCAAAGAACAGCAGCUUAGGCAUAAACUUGGAGGAGGCAGUGGAGAGAGCAUCCUGGUAUCACAGCUUCAGCAUGGACUGACACUAGAAUUUGAACACAGUGAUUCCCCUCGUCGAUUGCGGCUUGUGCUGAGUGAAUUGUUGGCAAUUAUGAACAAGGUGUCAGAGUGCAGUGGAGAGUUUUUUUUCAAGUCUUCCGAGCUCUUUGAGAGUGCAGUAUACCUGGAGGAGGCUGCAGAUGUACUUUGUAUCUUACAAGCAGAGCUCCCCUCCUUGCUUCCUAUAGUCGAUGUAGCUGAAGCCUUGCUCCAUGUGAGAAAUGGUGCCUGGUUCUUGUGUCUCUUGGUAGCCAAUGUUCCUGAUAGUUUUAAUGAAGUUUGUAGGGGCCUGAUCAAAAACGGAGAACGGCAGGAUGAAGAAAGUCUCGGAGGGAGGCGCAGGACAGACGCCUUACGCUUCUUAUGCAGAAUGAAUCCUUCUCAGGCCCUGAAGGUCCGGGGCAUGGUGGUGGAAGAAUGUCACUUGCCAGGCCUUGGAGUAGCUUUGACAUUGGAUCAUACUAAAACUGAAGCUUGCGAAGAUGGAGUGAGCGACUUGGUUUGCUUUGUUAGUGGAUUGCUUCUUGGAACAAAUGCAAAAGUCAGGACUUGGUUUGGAACCUUCAUUCGAAAUGGACAGCAGAGAAAAAGGGAGACCAGUGGUUCCGUGCUUUGGCAGAUGAGAAGACAGCUUCUUCUGGAGUUGAUGGGCAUUCUUCCCACAGUGAGGAGUACCCGUAUUGUGGAGGAAGCUGAUGUGGAGAUGGAGCCUACUGUGUCGGUGUACUCGGGCCUCAAAGAAGAGCACGUUGUGAAAGCCAGCGCACUCUUACGUCUGUACUGCGCCUUGAUGGGGAUCGCUGGACUCAAACCGACUGAAGAGGAGGCUGAGCAGCUGCUGCAGCUGAUGACCAGCCGGCCUCCUGCUACACCUGCCGGGGUUCGCUUCGUUUCCCUGUCCUUUUGCAUGCUGCUGGCCUUCUCCACACUUGUCAGCACUCCAGAGCAGGAGCAGCUGAUGGUCGUGUGGCUCAGCUGGAUGAUCAAAGAAGAAGCUUACUUUGAGAGUACAUCAGGUGUUUCUGCUUCUUUUGGGGAGAUGUUGUUAUUGGUGGCCAUGUAUUUCCAUAGCAACCAGCUUAGUGCUAUCAUUGACUUAGUCUGCUCCACUUUGGGGAUGAAGAUUGUGAUUAAGCCAAGCUCCUUGAGCAGGAUGAAGACCAUCUUCACACAGGAAAUCUUCACAGAACAGGUUGUCACAGCCCAUGCAGUUCGAGUUCCUGUCACCAGCAACCUGAGUGCCAACAUUACUGGGUUUUUGCCCAUUCAUUGUAUUUACCAACUUCUCAGGAGUCGAUCGUUUACCAAGCACAAAGUGUCAAUUAAAGACUGGAUUUACAGACAGCUGUGUGAAACUUCCACUCCUCUCCACCCUCAGCUCCUUCCUCUGAUUGAUGUGUACAUAAAUUCUAUACUUACUCCUGCAUCUAAAUCUAACCCAGAAGCCACAAAUCAGCCAGUCACUGAACAGGAGAUACUCAACAUUUUCCAGGAAGUCAUUGGGGGUGACAGUGUCCGCCUUAACCAGCGCUUCAGUAUCACCGCGCAGCUUCUGGUGCUUUAUUAUAUCCUAUCUUACGAGGAAGCUCUCCUUGCAAACACAAAGACAUUAGCUUCCAUGCAAAGGAAACCCAAAUCAUAUUCUUCUUCUUUAAUGGACCAGAUUCCUAUCAAGUUUCUUAUUCGGCAAGCUCAAGGACUGCAGCAGGAGUUGGGAGGGCUGCAUUCAGCUUUACUACGUCUUUUAGCAACUAAUUACCCACAUUUGUGUAUUGUGGACGACUGGAUCUGUGAGGAGGAGAUCACAGGGACUGAUGCACUAUUAAGGCGAAUGCUCCUGACUAGUAAUGCCAAAACCCACUCUCCGAAGCAGCUGCAGGAAGCAUUUUCAGCUGUCCCUGUAAGCCACACACAAGUGAUGCAGAUUAUGGAAGACUUGACGCUCCUUUCUGCCAGUGAACUGAUACCAUAUGCAGAAGUAUUAACAUCCAGUAUGAGCCAGCUGCUGGAUUCUGGGGUUCCACGGAGAAUUCUUCAAACUGUCAAUAAGUUAUGGAUGGUUCUUAAUACUGUGAUGCCAAGAAGGCUGUGGGUAAUGACGGUUAAUGCACUCCAACCUUCAAUAAAGUUUAUACGACAACAAAAGUACACCCAGAAUGAUUUGAUGAUUGAUCCUCUCAUUGUCUUGAGGUGUGACCGAAGGGUUCACAGGUGUCCCCCACUAAUGGAUGUUACAUUACACAUGCUGAAUGGGUAUCUCCUUGCCUCUAAAGCUUACCUCAGUGCCCAUCUGAAGGAAACAGCAGAGCAAGAUAGACCCUCCCCGAAUAAUACAGUAGGCUUGGUUGGACAGACUGAUACUCCAGAAGUGACCAGAGAAGAACUGAAAAAUGCAUUACUGGCUGCUCAGGACAGUGCUGCUGUCCAGAUUCUCCUAGAGAUUUGCUUGCCUACUGAAGAGGAGAAGGCAAAAGGUGCCAAUUCAGACCUCUCCCUCAGGAACACUCAAGGUGUCAUUACCAUUAGCACUCCAAAUAAAGAAACAGAGGAAGGAGAAGACAGUCUGCUCUGUAACCUUCGAGAAGUUCAGUGCCUUAUCUGUUGCCUGCUGCACCAAAUGUACAUUGCAGAUCCCAACAUUGCCAAACUUGUUCACUUUCAGGGCUAUCCGUGUGAACUCCUGCCUCUGACAGUCGCAGGGAUCCCAUCUAUGCACAUCUGUUUGGAUUUCAUACCGGAGCUUAUUGCCCAACCGGAACUUGAAAAACAGAUAUUUGCUAUACAGCUGCUUUCUCACUUGUGUAUCCAGUAUGCAUUACCAAAGUCACUCAGCGUGGCUCGCUUAGCUGUCAAUGUUAUGGGGACUUUGCUAACAGUUCUAACACAAGCUAAGCGGUACUCUUUUCUCAUGCCAACUCUUCCAAGUUUGGUCUCCUUUUGUCGAGCAUUUCCUCCACUGUAUGAGGAUAUUAUGUCUUUGCUAAUUCAAAUAGGACAAGUGUGUGCCUCUGAUGUUGCCACUCAGACAAGAGACAUUGAUCCAAUCAUCACACGUCUUCAACAAAUAAAGGAGAAACCUAGCGGAUGGUCUCAAAUUUAUAAAGAUCCAUCUUACAAAAAUGGAUCCAGGGACAUGGGGAGCAUGGAUCCUGAUGUCCAGCUCUGUCACUGUAUUGAAAGCACAAUAAUUGAAAUAAUAAACAUGAGUGUUAGUGGAAUUUAAAAAAAAAAUCUUUUAAAUGCAGCCAUUUGCUGCAUGUACUAAACAGGAAUCUGGACUUUAUGAGAUCUCUAAACUGAAUGAGAACAGUGAGAUCUUGAAAUUGCUGAAGUGAUUCAAUUCAGCAUCAGGAUAACUUAGAUCUCUCUGAGAAUUAUAUUUGUUUGUUUGAUUGACAUAUCUUUGGAUCUGCUCUGAUGGAAUGUUUAUAUUGUAGCAGCUGAACUUCUUUUCCAUUGGGGACACUUUAAGAAACUUGUCACUAGAAAGAGAUUGGUUCAUGUACUUAGUGUUUGAUGUGAAGAAAGAUUGCCAGGCUUUUAAUUUAAUUUCUUAAAAAAUGAGCCUGUGGAUAUCCCUCAUAUUUGUGAGCUUUCAACAGUUUUCAACAAAGAGAGAAGGAGAGGAAGGAGAAAGAGGGAUGUAGGGCAGAAAUUAUUUAGAAAAAAUUACCACUUAAGUACACAGAAAUCUUACAGACUUGUAAUGCAAGUAACAGUAUUACAGGUUGCAAUUCUAAUUUGUUAGAGAUAGUAGUAAGAUGAAUAUAUAUAUAUAAAAUCAGGGGUGGUGGAGCACGCCUUAAAUCCCAGCCUUUGGAAGAAAGGGAGAGGCCGGUAGAUCUCAAUACCAGGCCAGCCGGGUUUAUACAGUGAGUUCCAGGAAAGUCAGAGCUACAUAAUGAGAACCUGUCCAAAAAACAAAAAACAAAAAACAAAAACAAACCACACAACAACAACAAAAAC